UCUCGCGCCGGCGCAGGUUGUGCUCUUGACUGUCUUGCGUUUAAACCGGCGAUCCGGAGUUAAUGUGAAAUGCACUUGCAUCAUUCGUAGCGUGGAGGUCAAUUGGUGCAUGCGAUUAUGUCUGAACCAUGGCUUUACCCGACUGUUUUACUGUGCGUUUAUGGGUUUUUCAGCAGCCACAGACCACUGGAACCCUUUCUAACACCGUUUUUGAUGGGACCUGACAAGAACCUGACGGAGACAGAGGUUGUGAACCAGAUCUAUCCAUUUUGGACAUAUUCCUACCUUGUCCUGCUUUUCCCUGUUUUCCUGGCCACAGAUUACCUUCGCUACAAGCCUGUGCUCAUCCUCCAGGCGGCCAGCUUCAUAGUGACAUAUGCUAUGCUCAUGAAGGCCCAGGGCGUGUGGGCCAUGCAGUUAUUGGAGUUCUUCUUCGGUGUGGCCACUGCCACUGAAGUUGCGUACUACUCCUACAUCUACAGUGUUGUGGAGCCGUCUCAUUAUCAGAGGGUGACUGGUUUUUGUCGCAGCAUCACACUGUUGGGCUCAGCCGUUGGCUCAUUCAUUGGACAGCUUCUGGUGUCUGUAGCCAAUGUAUCUCUUUUUUACUUGAGCGUCAUCACACUGGCGUCCUCCUGCAUAGCCUUUGUUGCUCCUUGGUUCUUACCCAUGCCCGGGAAGAGCCUGUUCUUUCACCAGAGAGAGAGCAGCGCUCAGGAUGAAGCCAUACUGGAACCCAUGAACUGCAGUCAGAUGAUCGAGAAGCCAGAGAAUAGAGAGUCAAAAAUGCAGCUUAGUGCAGAUGAAAGAAUGGCUCUCAGGGACAAUACUAGGAGUAGUAGAUUACUGGAAGUGUUGUCAAUGCUCUGGGCAGACUUCCUGCAGUGUUACUCCUGCCCUACCCUUCUGGCCUGGUCAGUGUGGUGGGCUUUGUCCACAUGUGGUUACAUCCAGGUGAUUAAUUACGCUCAAGCAGUUUGGGAGAAAAUCUUGCCUUCCAGUGACUUUGAGAUAUACAAUGGAUAUGUGGAGACCAUUUCUACCUUGCUUGGUGCUUUUGCAGCAUUUGUUGUAGGCUAUGUGAAAGUGUCCUGGUCGGUGUGGGGAGAACUUGCUCUCUGCGUGUUCUCUGUGGUCAUUGCAGUGUGUGUGUACCUCAUGGACACCAUCAGGAAUAUCUGGGUUUGCUACACUGCCUACAUUAUCUUCAGAGCUACCUACAUGCUGCUUAUCACCAUUGCAACGUAUCAGAUUGCUGCUAACUUAAGCAUGAAACGAUAUGCUUUGGUUUUCGGAGUGAACACUUUCAUAGCACUCUUUCUGCAGACGCUUCUUACACUGAUUGUAGUAGAUUCUGUUGGUUUGGGCCUGGACAUUUUUCUACAGUUUUUCAUCUAUGCAAGUUACUUUGCUGUAGUAGCAGUGAUAUUCUUCAUUGCUGGGCUGUAUAAACUGUUCAGAAGAAGAUCUGAAGGACAGAAUGAAUUACCCUCUACAGAGGCCGUUCCAGAGGCAUGAAACGCCUCACAUCAGCAUCCUUUAAGCACAAGGUUAAGCACAGAAUAAUCCUCUGUUCAACUGAACGUAUACGUAAAAAAAAAAAAAGUAUAUAAAGACAAAAGCAGCAUUUCCAAAUCAGUCACACUUGAUUAGUACAGCUUUAUAGUUUAAAUAAGCACUGAUGAUUAUGAUUCUCAUUACUGAGUUCACAGUUACACACCAAGUGGUCGUUGUGGGUCACAGAUUAUGUAGAACAAAAAACACUUAUUUCAAUGAUGCCGUUACGAUGCCUUAUUUAUGUCUGUUACUUGGUACUAAGAAACUGUGUGGUUGGUUCAUAAAAACCAGGACCUUAAUUUAUAAAAAUAUGAAAUACAUUUAUACAUUCAUUCAAGCUAUUUGAAUUUCUAGUGCAGUGUGUGAGGGUGGACACUAUAAUGAAUUAUUAUUAUUUUAGUCACAAGAAUUGGGCCAAUAAAAGUCAGACUGUUAUGCCAGUACAAUCACAUUAUGGAUCUAAGCACUACAAAAAAGAUUUGAAUAGAAAUGGUGAACAUUCACCCACCACCAAUUCCUCUUUCCUCAUUUUCUUUCCUUGUAGACUCUAAAAAAUGCUGGGUUAAACACAAACCCAAGUUGGGUUGAAAAUGGACAAACUCAGCGAUUGGGUUGAUUUAACCCAACUAUUGUUUAAAGGGGUCAUGAACCGAGUUGUUUUAUUGUUUUAUAAUGUUUCCUGAGGUGCACUUAUAAUUAUAAUAUGCUUUUUACAUCAUAAAUUGUCAUAAUUUUGAAGCCAUUUUUCCUACCCUAAAUUUAGCCCUUUGAUUUGAACGCUCUGUUUUAAGGGGCGUGUCUCCUGUGAGACUUCAUUGUAAACGCCCACUGCUGUGAUUGGCUGACAUCUUUCCAUUUGAAAUAGCUAAGUAUUAGCACAUUUUUACUUUUACAGCUCUCAAGGUUUAAAUGGUUAGUUCACCCAAAAAUGAAAAUUCUGUCAUUAAUUCCUCACUCUCAUGUCGUUCCACACCCGUAAGACCUUCGUUCUUCUUCAGAACACAAAUUAAGGUAUUUUUGAUGAAAUCUGAUGGCUCAGUGAGGCCUGCAUUGCAAGCAAGAUCAUUUCCUUUUUAAAUGCCCAGAAAGACAUAUUUAAAACAGUUCAUGUGACUACAGUAGUUCAACCUUAAUGUUAUGAAGCGACGAGAAUACUUUUUGUGCGCCAAAAAAACAAAAUAACGACUUUAUUCAACAAUAUCUAGUGAUGUGCGAUUUCAAAACACUGCUUCAUGAAGCUUCGAAGCUUUACGAAUCUUUUGUUUCGAAUCAGUGGUUCGAGCGUCAAAGUCACGUGAUUUCAGUAAACAAGGCUUUGUUACGUCAUAAGUGUUUCGAAAUUUCAAUAGCUCACGUGACUUUGGCAGUUUGAUACACGCUCUGAACCACUGAUUCGAAACAAAAGAUUCGUAAAGCUUCGAAGCUUCAUGUUACGCACAACAGAAGAUGUUACGCACAGAAGAUGUUACGCACAACAGAAGGAAAUGAAUUAUUUGUUUUGGUUUGUAUUUGAUUGAGGAAAGAUCAAGAGUCAGAAUAAUAAGAUUUAAUAUUAUGACCAUAUGACCAGCUGAAAGGUGCAUCGCAUCACCUAUUAUACCACAUUUUCAAAUAACUGUAAAUCUUUAUCUAUGGUCUAGCUUUAAAGAAGAAUGAUACAGUAGAAAGCUUUUUUAGAAAUAUGGAGUGCACAAGUUAUGUGCUUUAACACUGUCAUUAGAAAUGUUCUACAUAUUCAGCCUUCUUUAAAAAAAACAUUUUAAAUGUGUAUUUUUACAGCAAUAACAUGAUUGUCUUAUAAAUGAAGUCAUGAUUGUGCCAAAUUUAUAACAAAUGUAUUUUUUAUGUUUGUUUGUUUGUUUGUUUGUUUGUUUGUUUCUCUCACAAUAUUCCAAGCUUGUUGUAAAGUAUUAUGGAAAUGUGAGACCAAAACAUGGUUGUGUGAGUUGUGUGGAAACAUCAAUAUGUCCCAUGUAGGGUAUUUAUUUAUUUUUAGGUUUUGUGUUUUUGUUGUGCUGCUCUUUUUUUAUUAUUAUUUUACAACUAUUGUUCUGUUGAGGUUUUCUAAAGUACAAUAAAAAGAAAUUGAUCACUGCUGA